AAAACAACCGUAAGAAUCCAGCGUAAAUCUCCCAUGUCAUUGUACACGUACUUUUUACGUAUAAUUACCUAGAGAAUAGCACUUGUGCAUCGCGCCGUACGCUCAGUCUCGCCGUAAAAAAAAACAAAGCAUGCAUCCGGUUUUGUCAAGGCGCUUUCUUGUUUUCCGGAGGAAUCCAAACAAGCUACCCCAGCCGAAGCUAACGGCGAAAGCUGCUGAUUUGCAGCGGCGACAAGCGUAGUGAAAACAUCCAGUAAUUAAACACUUUCUCCAAAGGUGCUCGUCCAACAAUAUACAUGAGAUCGCACCCCAGCAGACACCGAUAAGCAGAAACGGAUGCGGACUGUGCUGUGAAACCGUGGAAGCGGGUGGAGCUGCUGCUGCCGUGAGGUGACCCCCCAUCAGCAUGAAGCCCGUGGCCUAUCAAAACUUCCCCUCCUCGAUGUACGGCGUGGCACCGCCCGUCUUCCCCCAAAUGGCACGCUGCGACAAGUGUGGAUUUAUGGCGUCGGACACGGAGUCGUUCAAGAAGCAUGUGCUUGAGCACGCGGCGGCCAAACUGUACUGCGGUUAUUGCCAGAAAUCCGUGUCGAGCCAGGACGAACUCACCGCCCACAUGCAGCAACAUCUCAAGCAAACGUUCACCUGCCCCUACUGUGGCAUCGGCUACGUGAGGAAACUCUGCAUGGUGAAGCACAUUGAGCGCGUGCAUAACGUGAGCAGUAGUCAAGGACCCCCAAAGAUUGGCACGGCUAUGAAUCCACAAGUCUCCAACGCUUUCCCAAGAUUUGAACAGCCAACAUGUCCGGUCAGCGUGCCCGCGCCAUUCAUCACCAAGCCUGCCAUCAGACUGGACCAAGGCGGGCUGAAUUCGAGGACAGUAGACACAAAUCUCAUAAGUCACCCUAAUGGUAUUUCAAAUAAUGUCCUUAACCACAACAGGGCUUUGACGGUGUCGCUCCCUGAGGAGGUGUCAAUCCCUGCUGGCUGCCUGGUGGAACUUGUCGAAGUGAAAACCGUCAAUGGGUCUAAAGAGCUAAAACUGAGGCUGGUCUCUCAACAAGACGGCAACGAGGCAGUCAUGACAGACACAAGGACAGCAGUUGAACAAAACCCCCCAGCGGGGAAGACCGUAGCAUCUAAACUGAAUCCCCCGAAUGCGACCAAGAUAACAAAUACGGGGAUGUGCUUUAUGAACAAGAAGCCGUUUGAAACGAUGACCCCAGUCAGCACGUCUAAAAGCUUCGUCUCCAACCAAGUAUCGAUGAAGAGAACGUCGGAGGAAGUCAUCAACUUGUCGGAGUACUACCCAAACAAGGUUUCCAAAAUUGUCCACCAUCCUGCAAAAGAAAAGACGGAGAUCCCGACGGCGUGGAACAAACCUGUUUCCGCUGGCGCUAAACCCGAUGGCGUCAUCUUCGUUAGAAAGACCUACCUUGUGCCCCCGGAAAAAACUGAAUUGUGUGUUUCUCAGCAAAAACCUGACGAAAGGAUGACAAGUCUUCCAGAGCAUCGCAAGGCUAUUUCCGCCGUGGCAGGACGUCCCGUUCGAGACAUGUUGACGUCUGGCAAAGUUAAAGCCUCUUCCAAAGUCAGGAAGACUCCAGAUUGUAUUAACCUUGAAAAUCAGAGCUCCUCCUCUUCAAACGAUCCUUCAGGUGCAGCUGUGCCAGUGGCACCUCUGACGAUCAAGCUCGGCAAGAACAGACCCUCUCCCAAGUCCUCUUUCCAAGUUCCCUCCACUUUGUUAAGAUUGCUCAAUGAACCGUCAUCUGUCAAAGCGCCCACGGAUUCCUCUCGCCUCAAGUCCGGCGUACCAGCUGGGUCUCAGGGCGUCGGCUCCGAGAGCUUCCCGGUCAUCUCCUCUGUGUUUUCGCUGAGCCAACAACCAGGGGAAACUCAGGGCGGCAUGCAGCCGCUGGUCACGGCUCUGCGGGGCAUCGUCAUGGACAAACAUCACAACAUCGAGGGUUUGAAUCCAGCUGCCGGUACGCAGGAUCGGUUACCAGUGAAGCGGGCGCAUGUCCCUGUGAAGCUGGAACGGCAUGAGAAAAUAAUGGAACACCAGCCUGUCAUGGCUCGGAAUGACAUUAAAAAGGAAGCGAGUGAUGAGAAGGACAGCAUAACGCGGAUGGACAAAAAUAAGUGUUUUAAGUCUGAAAACGGCGAGCUGGUUUGUAAUAAGUCAUCUGCUGUUGUGAAUACUGAGUAUAAGUUGUCAAAAUACGUGACCGUCGCUUUGACAAGAGUGGACGAAUACGGCCCAUGGAAGAAGAGCAGAAAAAGGCCGAAAUUCAGGGCGCCCAAAUACAAGCGUCCGACGUCCGCACCGAGCGUCCGUAACAGCAUCCAACUGAUGACACAGCCGAAACCCGUACUGUCCGAAUGCAAAAGCCGGACAUCCGCACCAAGCGUCCGCACCGAGAUCCGCAAGUCGGACCAGCUGGCGAGACCCGUAGUGUCCGAAUGCGUGCCCCCGACGUCUACAUGCAACGUCCGCACCAAGAACCAACUGACGGCGCUCAGCUGGGACCAUCUGAUCGCACGGCCGAAACCAGCAGUGUCUGGAAACCAGCUCCCGACGUCCGUGCCAAGCGUCCGCACCGAGAACGAACUGUUGGCGCUUAAGUGGAACCAGCUGAUCACGCGGCCGAAACCAGUAGUGUCCGAAUGCCAGCACCCGACGUCAGCGCCAAGCGUCCGCACCGAUAACCAACUGAGGGCGCUCAAGUGGGAACAACUGGCGGCGCGGCUGAAACCCCUACCGUCCGAAUGCAAGCCCCCGACGUCCACGCCUACCCCCCGCAUCAAGAACCAACUGAUGUUGUUCAAGUGGGACCAGCUGGCGGGGCGUUUGAAACCAGUAGUGUCCGAACGCCAGCCCUCGACGUCCGCACCAAGCGUUCACAGCGGGAUCCAACUGGUGCCGCUCAAGUUGGACCACCUUGCGAUGCGGGCGAAACCCGUAGCAUUCGCACUCAGCCCCCGCACCAAGAACCAACUGAUGCCGCUCAAGUCGGACCAGCUGGUGACAAACCCAGGCCCAGAUCAGCCUGUGGUGGUCCUCAAUCACCCCAAACCGCGGUCUCCCGUACAGGAAACGGACGCCGUUCCCCACGCCAGACGUCCGGAGAAACCCGCUAAGUGCCAAAUAUUAAAGAUGAGGCUGGGCAAGGUGAUGGGACGGAAGUACGAGGUCACUGGAUGCACUGUUCGGGUCUCCCAAUGAGCCCAUGUGGAGUAUUUGCAAUGAAAGCACUAUUUUUUAUUUAAGACCUGACAAAACAUUCAAUACUGGACAUUUUUGUACAAUUAUUUAUCUGUAACGUGCGCUUCUCCAUGGGUGUUAGAUUCUGUCGGGAAAGUACAAGCAAGAAAACAUUUCAAAGCCUUAUUAGCAACUUGUAGCAUAGACGCUGUAUAGGCAAUAUGCUACCAACUCCUCAUUAUUAUAUCCAUUCUUCUUGGACUAUGUUUAAAAGAGGAAUUAGAUACAGUAUGAUAGAUAUGUUUGACAAUGUUCCCUGUGUUGUUUUUUUUUUCUUAAAGGCCUACUGAAAUGCGAUUUUCUUAUUUAAACGGGAAUAGCAGGUCCAUUCUAUGUGUCAUACUUGAUCAUUUUGCGAUAUUGCCAUAUUUUUGCUGAAAGGAUUUAGUAGAGAACAUCGACGGUAAAGUUCGCAACUUUUGGUCGCUAAUAAAAAAGCCCUGCCUUUACGCGUGACGUCACGAGUUGCAGGGCUCCACACAUAUUCACAUUGUUUAUAAUGGGAGCCACCAGCAGUAAGAGCAAUUCGGACCGAGAAAUUGAUAAUUUCCCAAUUAAUUUGAGCGAGAAUGAAUGAUUCGUGAAUUAGGAUAUUGAUAGUGAAGGACUAGAAAAAAGAAAAAAAAAAGCGACGGCUCCGGGCGGCGUCAGUGUGAGCGUUUCAGAUGUAAUUAGACACAUUUACUAGGAAAAUUCUGGAAGAUCCCUUAUCUCCUUAUUGUUUUAAUAGUGUUUUAGUGAGAUUUUAAAGAUUGUAAAGACAUACCUCGAGGUCGGAUGGCCGCGGUGAACACGCAGUGUCUCAGAGAGAAGCCGAGGAGCCAAUCUCACAGUUGCGUUUUUUGACAGCUGCUGCUGGACGACGAAUAAUCCAAUGAUGUCUCCUGUAUGAUAUAUAUAUAUUACAAUUUCCCCGUCCAAAAACAUGCUGGUUGACGUAGAGAAAACAUGUUCGCUUGACCGCUCUGCUUCACAACAAACAAAGAAACACCGGCUGUGUCUCGGGGCUAAAGACAGCUGCAAUCCACCAACACCAUUUUUCUUUAUAGUCUCCAUUAUUAAAUGAACAAAUUGCAAAAGAUUCAGCAACACAGAUGUCCAGAAUACUGUGUAAUUAUGCGAUUAAAGCAGACGACUUUUAGCCGCUAGCGGUGCAGCGCUAAUAUUUCCUGACAGUCCGUGACGUCACGCGUACACGUCAUCAUUCCGCGACGUUUUCAACAAGAAACUCGCGGGAAAUUUAAAAUUGCAAUUUAGUAAACUAAAAAGGCCGUAUUGGCAUGUGUUGCAAUGUUAAUAUUUCAUCAUUGAUAUAUAAACUAUCAGACUGCGUGGUCGGUAGUAGUGGGUUUCAGUAGGCCUUUAAACAAUGCCUCUUUUUAAUCCCCGUCUCGAUUUAUUAAUCUUAAUCCGCCGCAUGAUUGGAACUGUCACCCCCUCUUCGCACUUAGCAACCGCCGCCCUGUAUAAUAGACUGCAUUGGCGUCUUUUGCAGCCUGUCAUGCACUGUCCUGACUAUUCCUUUCAAAUGUGUCAUCGUCAACCAGUUAAUCAGCAAUAAACUCCCAUUCCGACCACCUAUGGUACGUUUAGGAAAGAUCGGCACAUUUGGGGACAAAAUUAAUCCAGAUCAACACCUCAUGCCACUGUCAUUAGUUGCGAGUCUGAAUCCGAGCUAAUGUCACUAUAUCUUUCUGUUCUAUCUGCCAUGUUUGUUUGUAUUGGCGUGGUUACACAGAUAGCGAAAAUCAGGCACUUUUAUAUCCUAGUAAACAUGUCUAAUUACAUCUGAAACGCUCACACUGCCGCCGCCCGGAGCCGUCGCUUUUUUUUUUCUUUUUCUAGUCCUUCACUAUCAAUAUCCUCAUCCACAAAUCUUUCAUUCUCGCUCAAAUUGAUGGGGAAUUUGUCGCUUUCUCGGUCCGAAUUGCUCUUACUGCUGGUGGCUCCCAUUAUAAACAAUGUGAAUAUGUGUGGAGCCCUGAAACUCGUUACGUCAAGCCUUUUUUCGGGAUAUUCCAAGCUGGGUAAAAUUUUGAAAACAUUUUCGAAAGAUAAAAUAAGCCACUGGGAACUGAUUUGUAUUGGUUUUAACCCUGCUGAAAUUGCGAUAAUGUUCCCCUUUAAAACCGGUUUCAUUUCUUUGGUUAUAUUCCACUUCAAAACAAAAGGAGUCCAUGUUUUCAGGGUGUGUUACAUAUUUAAAUAUAAUGUUCACGAAUGACAAUGUGCAGCCAACAAAUAUUUGUUAGUUUUGGUGAGCUGCAGAUUUUUGCACACUUAGUGGCAAAAUCCGUCCAGAUAAAGAAGCAACAAAAUGUAUGUCAUUGUAUGUGAAUAUUGACACCGGUGGAAAAAAGGAGAUAAAGCGCCCUACUUUGUGUAAAUACUGCAAAAGAAAAAAAAAGAAUAACAAUGCUUGGUGUUAUUGUAGUGCGGAGGAAUGUUUUUACCCACUCGGGAAGGAGUGCCUGAAUGCACCAUGUGUGUCGUUGUGGCAGCUUUAAGUUACCGUUUGUAUUUAUUUACUCGAAUUUCUAAAAGUCUUAAAAUAUACCGCUAGUCAGAAUCACGCAGAUAAAAACAAAUAGAUAUUUUAAUUGAUUUUCACUUUUGUUUUGUAUAAAUAUGUAAUGUACGUUCUCAUAACGUGUCCUUUUGUUUUUGUAUAUGUGGACUUGGCAGCCACAACAUUAGGUACACUUGCACACUCCCAACACUGGGCUGUCCAGACUCCCCCUAAAGUAAACAUUUCAAUGAAAUAUAUGUGCUCUGAAACGUCAGUUUCUAAGCCGAACACUAAUCCAACAAUGUGUCUAAUAUUGUGGCUGCUGUCUCGCUUCAAUGAAAUAACUACUUCUAAAUGUUUUAUGCCUUUUCCACAUGUCCUCCAUGACUCCAGUGUUCUUUAUCAUACUCCACAUUUCGAUAUUAUGACUGUAUUUUUUAAAUAUUAAAACUGUAAAUCACUGUCA